AUGAAUGCCAAAAAAGGCGAUCAUGUUGCGGAUCCUGAACCGUUCCGUAAUCUAUUGGCAUUCUGGAUGCUCGGAUUUAUUAACAACAUUGGUUACGUCAUCAUGAUUGCGGGUGCACAGGAGAUAUCAGCCGGAGGCGUCGGACUCGUCUAUUUUUUUGAUAUUUUUCCAGCAUUAAUUGUCAAACUCUCGGGUCCCUAUUGGUUUCAACUCGUAUCGUAUCGCCAACGAGUCGCUUUUUCCGGGUUACAGUCUGGAAUGAUGGAAGCAAGUUUUCUUGCAAUGUCCUCGUUCUAUACGAGUCCCGUCAAAACUUUUACCAGCGAGAACUUGUAG